UUCCGAAAGCAAUAAGUAGUUGAAAUUAUAUAAUCGAUAAUGUACUCUGGAAAAAAGAAACGUUAUGCAAAAGGCGAGGCAGAAAAUUCGCCUUUUACCGUCAAUACUCCACAUUCAAAAUGGAAUCGUAAUGUGCUCAAGCAAGUGCACCUUGAUGACAGCGACUACGAAUUCGAUAUGGACGACUAUCAGGCCCUGGGCACCGCUAGGCACUAUAAGGUUUUGGAUAUAUUGAACAAGACAAAUCGUUUGGGUUAUAUGGCCGAGGAUGGCAAUGGUGAUGUUAGCGAUUCUGAAUUCGUGGAAAAGAUCAAUCCUCCGUUGAGAGUGAUGCCGCGGAUUCGUAUGCACAGUCAAAGGGAAAGUCAUCGUAAUAGGCCUAGUGGCACUCGCCAGAUCGCCCGAAAGAUGGUGGAAUUCAUGGUCGAAUAUCCUCCAAUAAGGCCCAAGGCCAAGGUAUUGCGCCGCGUGCCACUCAAAUGUGAGAAACACUUUAAGAAAUUGAGCAAGCUCAUUGCUCGUGGACGUAAAUCACCCAAGGUGCUACCGGAACCUCUACCGGCUUUGACUUAUAUAAACGACCAUGUCGUCGAGCUGUUUGGCAUGCUUUCUUUACUAUUUAUAACAGCAUUAUUGUUCCUGAGCUAUAUGUACUGCAAGCCUCGCAAGCUCUCAUUUUUUCAUCGUCUGUUGCGUUUGAUAAUUUAUUAUAUUUAUGAUAAUUCUUGUUAUGAUCGUAGCUACUUUUAGGCCUAUCUGUAAAAUUUUGAUGGUCUAAAUAAAUGCAUGCAAAAUUAUC